UUUGACACAUGCGGAUAAGCGAGCACAAGCAAGCAUAUAAGCGAGUGAGCAACGCAAUAAAAUCUCUCAAAAAACUGACAAUCAUCAGAAAAUAACUUAUUUUCGGGAUCAGUUUCCUCAGAAACGUCGAGUGAAAAUGAAUUCUAUUUAUAAAUGUAGCACUCUCCUGGUUGGACCAGUAGCAAGAAGAGGUAUUUUCACAACAAACAUUAAUCACAGAGGAGAUAUUGACCCUAUUUUUCAUCCCGAAGGUCGCGAACCUUUUAUUCCUCCAUACGUGGAAAGAGUGGGCGAAAAUAUGACAUUGAAAAAGGCUCGCUUGGUUUACCAAUCCCGGAAGCGAGGAAUGUUGGAAAACGGUCUUCUGCUUAGCACCUUUGCCAAAAAAUAUUUGGAUAGCUUCGACGAAUCUCAACUCAAAUUGUACGAUCGUUUGAUAAAUUUGCCUUCCAACGAUUGGGACAUUUUUCACUGGGCAACGAAUGUUAAACCAACGCCCUCGGAGUUCGACAAUGAAAUUAUGGACCUACUGAAAAAACACAUUGAAAACGAAGAUCGACAUGCGAGAAUAAUGCAGCCCGAUUUGUAAAUACAAAACGUAUAGUUUAUCCCCUGGAUAAUAAUAUUUCCUAAUUAAAUUAUUCAUUUUUUUUUAGUAAUUAAAGUAAACGAAUCCUCUUAAUUUUGUUUAAGAAAAUUCAACAUUGACGGAUAAAAGUGGAAUGAGUCUAUUUUAAAAAAUAAGUUGUACCAUUUUACUGGAAAAGUACAAGUAUUUAUUUUAAUCAAAAAUCAUGGGCAAUUUUCUUCCUAACGUAUAAGCGUUUUGUUCAAAUAAUGCAGGAGACAAAUAUUAUUCUAAGUAAAGUAAACAACAACUGCUUUCAUCAUUCGGACGCUAGCGAAACACAAUUACCCGUAAAAAGUGAUAUAUAAACAACUUAAAACUUAUGUUAAUCGACAUUUUAAUAAAUACCUAUGCUCUAA